AUGUUAUUACUAUGUUUUCUUCGAUUCGGAAAACUCAAUGCUCCUCCAACGCUUUACAGGGAAAGCUACUUAGCACAAUGGAAUAGGGAGCGAACGCCAGUGCACAAUCAGGAGCGAUAUCGAAGCCACGUCAGACGUAGUUAUACACCCGUAAGGGAGAUAGCAGCCGUCGAGCCAGUGUACGACACCCGUCAACCGCUCACCUCGUAUCGUGCACGCACGCCGAUUGCGAUGGUGACCGCACCCUACCAUACUAACAUUCACUACCGGUCCGAAGAUCAACCGUUCCGUAAAUAUGAUGUGUUCGGAUUGCGUACAUGGAGCUACCCUAUAUACAAAUACGUCUACGGACGAGAACAAGACCAUCGACGACCUUACUCGUACAAUUCAUUCUUUCGGCAGUAUGGUACGACAUCACUGUACACACCACCCCAACUCGCACCUGAAAGUCGUCCUAUAACCACCAGACGAGGGUACUCUGGCUAUGCCUAUUUAGCCAGUGAAACGAACUACGAUAUCGCCAGUCAACCGAGAAGCCUUAAAAACUACAUGUACACUCGGACAUAUCUAGGAACUGCGUGA